GUCAGGUGUCUGAAGAGUCCUUUACAAGAAAGAUGACCUCAUAAUCCAUUUUUUCCCCCGAAUUACGUGUUCAUAUGACUCGGCGCGCACAGCACUUGACAGAUUUUAGAAGGCCAUUGUAAAAUGUUGUGCACGUUGUGUAAAUGUGCAGCACGGGCUUCAAAGGGGCUGCGGCCUUUGCAUCCUCGGUGUAAAGUACUGGAGUGGCACGCACUAGGCGCGCACAGACCGUCCAGCAGAACAUCCUGGUGCCUCUGGACUUAUAAACGGGAAUCAAGUAACUCUGCUUGGGAUUCCAAGGUUCCUCAGGCGCCUGCAUUGGGGCCCACAGGUGAAAGCCAACUUCCACCGAGCCCUGUACUUGAGAGAUGAUACUGUAACUGAGGGUAAAUGUGCGGAGGAACUGCUCCAGCUGGCCAAAAACUCAGUAGAGGAGUACUUUGUUGCACCUCCAUGUAAGAAGCUACUAUAAAAAGUCAACUGUUUUUAUUUCAGAGAC